UUUCCCACCCAGUGAAAACAACGGAGUCACACUGCCAGUCGAAUCUCUGCUUUGCUUUCAAUCUCGACUGGAGUGCUGUUAUUUGAGAUUUUAACCUUUUUUUUCAAGAGAUGAUUUGGUUUGGAGUAUUUCACCCGAGGUAUGCGUAAAAAGGCGCACCGUUUGCCGCGACGCAUGGCCACCGCUUUCGACGAACACGACUGACAACUCCUCCGAGUCGAUUAACGGUCACACCGGGUGGACUAUAUACAAACAGCCACCUGUUGUCAGCGAGGAAUCCAAACAGUAUGAAGAUCGUUUGCCUGUGGUUGUUGUGCAUCUUGGAUCUGUCAGAUGCUGUAAUUGACUUGACGAUGAUAUCCACAGCAGAGGUCAUUCAAGUGAAUCACUUCUCCAUCUCAUGUAUUAAUGGAGCGCGCACCCCUGCCCAAGUGGAACUGGCCAUCAAGCGAGACAACAAAAUCCUCAUAUUUCCAAAGAUGCCAAACUUCAAACUGCAUAAGCCGAGGAACAAGAAAGUCGUGGCCAGAGAGUUCAGAGAUUUGGAUAAUGUGGGUAUAUUUUACUGUGAAUCAGCUCAGGAAGUUCCGCCGCUUGAGACAGUCACAAUGAUCAACAACUUCGGAAGAGCAAACUUUGUCCCAACUCACCUGACAAUAACUGCUAAUAAAGGGGAAACAGUUCACCUCAGCAUGGUACUCCUGAGCUCCGAAAAGAGGGAUGUUACGUGGAAGUACAACGGAAAUUACUAUUACAUGACUCACUGGAACGACAUGGUCAACCGCACCGCAGUGUUGACAGUGGAGAAUGCAGCUUUGGCCAAUCAAGGCAUCUACAGUGCCAGCUAUGUGGGGGACAGUCCUCUUCAGGGGGCCUGGAUGAGACUCAUUGUCAGAGCUUGUCCAAAUAAGAAAUGGGGUCCCUACUGUGACAAAGAUUGCCCGGAAUGCCUCAAUGGUGGCGUGUGUCAUGAUGUGGAUGGAGACUGUAUCUGCCCUCCUGGAUUCAUGGGAACUCGCUGUGAGACAGCCUGCAGAGAAGGAAUGUUUGGCCGAAAUUGCCAAGAGUCGUGCAGCUCAGAGCGGGACUGCAAGGGGCUGCGGUUCUGCCUACCAGACCCUUAUGGUUGUUCUUGUGGUAGCGGCUGGUAUGGGAACCGAUGCGAGAAGGCCUGCCAUAAUGAUAUGUAUGGACCCGACUGCAGGCUGAGCUGUCGAUGUCAGAAUGGAGGAAUGUGCAAUCGCUUCAGUGGGUGUCAGUGUCCCACAGGAUGGAGGGGACAAAACUGUGAAAAAUCAGACCGGGCUCCAGAAAUUUUGGACUUGGAUAGUAAUUUGGAAUGGAAUCUCAAUUCCAGCCCAAAAAUCUAUUGUUCAGCAACAGGCAAUCCACUGCCUAGUCAUAACAGCAUCGAGCUCCGAAAGUUGGACAGCACUGUGCUCAAGGCAUCUCACACUGUCAUGGAUUCGAAUAAAAGUAUAGCCAUGUUUGAGAUUCCACGUCUGAGUGCUGAACAGGGAGGAUUAUGGGAGUGCAGGGUGUCAACCAACGGAGGGCAGGACUCCCGUAAAUUCAAUCUUACAAUUAAAGAACCACCAGUGCCCACCACUGCUCCCAUACUGCUGGAAAAGAGGAGUAAGCAGCUACUUGUGAUGCCCAUGGAUUGCCACAAAGGAGACGGGCCCAUUGUCUCCACCACCCUCCUCUACAAGCCUGUUGGGAAUGAAGAUUCUUGGUCCUCCAUUAUCGUGUACAGUGACAAAGAACCGAUCACCCUGAUGAACCUGGAGCCGUCAACACGCUACCGUGUGCAGGUCCAGCUGACUCGCCCUGGUGCGGGAGGAGAAGGGGCUCCGGGGCCAGAGGCCAUCAUGGAGACAGAUUGUCCUGAGCCCACAGUUCAACCAGAGAUUGACAUCAGCUUGGUGGAAGGUCGCAAUGUCACUGUGCGAUGGCGACUGCCCAGCAACAGUGGCAUUAAUGUCGACACAGCCAGUGGCUUUUUAGUGCAGCUCUUCGGCCCGCCACCCCAAAGUGAGAAACUCCUGGAGGAAACCACCCUGUUAAAUGUCCUGUCCAAAAAGUUCCACAACAUGGAGUAUCAACAAGACUACACAGUGGUGGUGCGCCUCAUCAACUGUGGCAGCCAGGGGCCUCCUUCCAAACCCUACCACAUCCGCAUCAACAGCCAGGGCCCAUCAUCCCCACGGAACGUCCAGGCCCUGUCCCUAUCUUUGUCAGCCAUCCAAUUGAGGUGGCAGCCCCCCGAGGAUGUAAAUGGAGGCGUCAUGAAAUAUGUCAUUGAGUACCAGCCAGUCAGCCAAGGGGGCCCACACCUUUGGGUGGACACAGAUGAUGGCAACAAGACCACGAAAGAUAUUACGGCGCUCAACAGCAGCACGCUCUACCAGUUCAGAGUGAGGGCUUUUUCCAAGGUGCCAGGAGAGUGGAGCAAGUUCGUUAAAGCCAUUACACAAGGAGAUGGUCUGCAAAGUUUAACGCCGACCACCCACGGUAUGGUUCGGAAACCUGCAGGGGACAACUACCAGCUGUUGGUGGCAGUGGUGGGCUCAGUGACGGUCACGUGUGUGACCAUUCUGCUGGCGCUGCUUGCGCUUUUCUUCAUUCGCAAAACUCUACUCAACCGUCGUCGCACAUUCACCUACCAGUCUGGAUCCGGUGAGGAGACAAUUCUGCAGUUCAACUCUGGAACUCUGACCCUAACCCGAAGGCCUAAGCCCAUCCCGGAACCCCUUACUUAUCCAAUCCUGGAAUGGGAAGACAUUAAAUUUGAGGAUGUCAUCGGUGAGGGCAACUUUGGACAGGUGAUCAAAGCCAUGAUCAAGAAAGAUGGCAACAAGAUGAGCGCCGCCAUAAAAAUGCUGAAAGAGUUUGCCUCAGAAAAUGACCACCGAGACUUUGCAGGGGAACUGGAAGUGCUGUGUAAACUAGGCCAGCAUCCCAACAUCAUCAACUUGAUUGGAGCGUGUGAGAACAGAGGUUACCUGUACAUCGCCAUAGAAUAUGCUCCGUAUGGCAAUCUUCUUGACUUCUUGAGAAAGAGUCGUGUCUUGGAGACUAACCCUGCCUUUGCCAAGGAGCAUGGCACAGCCUCUACGCUCACUUCCCAACAGUUACUGCAGUUUGCUGUUGAUGUGGCGACUGGGAUGCAUUACCUCAGUGACAAACAGUUCAUUCACAGAGAUUUGGCCGCCAGAAAUGUUCUUGUUGGCGACAACCUUGUGGCAAAGAUAGCAGAUUUUGGUCUGUCCCGUGGUGAGGAGGUUUAUGUGAAGAAGACAAUGGGUAGGUUGCCUGUUCGCUGGAUGGCCAUUGAGUCUCUGAACUACAGUGUGUAUACAACCAAAAGUGAUGUGUGGUCUUUCGGGAUUCUCCUUUGGGAAAUUGUAAGCCUUGGUGGUACGCCGUACUGUGGUAUGACAUGUGCUGAGCUUUAUGAAAAACUGCCACAAGGCUACAGGAUGGAGAAGCCCAAGAAUUGUGACGAUGAAGUGUAUGAGCUGAUGAAACAGUGCUGGAGGGAUCGGCCAUAUGAAAGACCCCCUUUCUCUCAAGUCUCGGUGCAGCUCAACCGAAUGCAAGAGGCCAGGAAGGCCUAUGUGAACAUGGCACUUUUUGAGAAUUUUACUUACGCUGGAAUAGACGCUACUGCGGAGGAAGCCUGACUACCAGCCCCCCCAGGCCCUGGCAUGCCACAUCACUUCAAGAAGAAGCCCAAAAGAUUUUCACCACGUUACUGCCACCUUCCCGCGGCACACCGCAGAGAGAGAAGGACCAGACGGUCUUUCAAAACCACCCAGUUAUAGAUGGAGGACUGUGAAAGGACACUGUGUGAAGGUAUCUGAGGCAUUAGCAGAUGUGAAGUAUGGCCUCGGAUGGAGACAAUCACUCUCAGAAGAGCCAACUCAUCGGGCUUCCUGUUGGAGAUGUUACACUUUUGACCGGGAGUCAAAGGUUAAUGGAGUUAUGUGGCUUGCUGUUCCACCACAGGGUCUGUGGGGUACUCAUACCGGAUAUUAUUUGCUCUCCGUUCUCCCAAAACAAUGGGCAUGGAGUGAAGCAUAAUCAUUGAAGUUCUCAGACUCUUAAAAACACAUACAACAGCACUUAAUACAAGCCUUUUUUAAUAGUCAGUGGAUUAUCACCGCCAUGUGAACUACUGUACAGUAAGUUGUAUAGCUGUGUGUGUGUGUGUGUGUGUGUGUGUGUGUGUGUGUGUGUGUGUGUAUGUACAGUUUCCAGUAGAGUAGUUCACAUGGUGGUGAUAAUCCACACACACACACACACACACACACACACACACACACACACACACGCGUAGUAUUUUGUUUUAAACGCCUCCUAUAGCCUGAAUGUAAUUAGUCCACACAAAUGCACUAAUGAAUGUUUGAAUGUUUUGGCUUCCAACAACAUGGGUAUAUUUUUUAAACAUUUCUUUUCCGGUGUGUUUUAAGUCUUUUGUUCACUGACAAACUGCAGUAUAGGUCACUGUUUGGGAUCCUCCAUACUAUCAAAAAUAUGUUUUUUAGUUGUUUUUAUGUGUGUGUAGGUUUGUGUGUGGGUUUUGUUGUUUUCUUCUUUGUGCAAUGCAACAUAGCUUUUACCUAAGCCAAUUGUAUGAUUUUGUUUUCUUUUUCUUAAUGGUAUGUACAUUUUAUAUACAAGGGUGACAUUCAGGAGUCUCUGCAUUGAGCAGUUAGUCCACUUAUAGGUCAAAUGAUUUAUAAUACAGUAGUUACACUUUCUACUUUCUUCAGCCAUUUGUUUGACACAAAUGACCUCACAGUUAUGGAGAUUAAAAAAAUCUUCUGAUUUGACAAAGGCCAAGAGACUAUUGAAACUAGUUGUGUCUAUGUGGCAGUAACCAUAAAUUAAUUUUAGUACCACAGAUGUGUGACCCUUUCAGAGUUGGCAAUGGGUAGCGAUGGGAAAAUGAAGCUUCAUGAUGCUUCAUGAACCAGUGGCUGCACUUUGUUUUACUCAUCUAGAUGGCACUGUUAGGUUAAAGAAAGGGGGUUAAGAAAUGACAAGUCAGUGUGCUUCCAGGCCCGUGUUGUACAGAGUGCCAUCUCGAGGUGUAAAAAAAAAAAGUGCUUCAUGAAACAUCUUGAAAUUUCAUUUUCCCAUCACCCAUGUAAUGGACAAUCAUUCCUGAAACAUAUUAUCCCAUUUUUAUGGAACCAAUUGAGACAUAGCUGUACAGUAUAUACAAAUGUAUUUUUUUUCUUGUUAUAAAUGAAUGAUUGAAUCAUUUACUACAUUUCUGCCUGCGGUGUCAGAUUGUUCUUCAAAUUGUGACCGAAAAUGUUCAAUUAAACUUGUACAUCCUGUGUACCUUUUACCUUAUCUUGUAAUGUCCGCCAUUUAACCAUGCGUGCGAGAAUGUCCUUGGGUGAGAAUGUACAGUACAGUAUGUUUUUAAUUUACGCUCACUGAAUAAAACUUUUGAUAUGUAAACUACAA